GCCGCUCCGCCGCUCGUGCCGACGAUGGGAGACGUUCUGUGCGAAGAGCUCGAGGAUUUAGUUCACUUCUCAGUGCACGACCUGCCGGCACGAGGCUAUGUCGUCAUGGAGGAGAUCCGACGUCAGGGGAAACUCUGUGAUGUCACGCUCAAGGUCGGGGAUCAUAAGUUCAGUGCUCACCGGAUCGUGCUGGCGGCCUCCAUCCCAUACUUCCACGCCAUGUUCACCAACGACAUGGUCGAGUGUAAACAGGACGAGAUCCUGAUGCAGGGCAUGGACCCCAGCGCCCUGGAGGCUCUGAUAAACUUUGCGUACAGCGGCCAUGUUGCCAUCGACCAGCAGAACGUUCAGGCUCUUCUGAUUGGCUCCAGCUUCCUGCAGCUGCAGAAUGUGAAAGAUGCCUGCUGCUCCUUCCUGCAGGAGAGGUUACAUCCAAAGAACUGUCUUGGCGUGCGUCAGUUUGCAGAGACCAUGAUGUGCACGACUCUGUACGACUCAGCCAACACCUUCCUCCAUCAGCACUUUGUGGAAGUUUCUGUGUCCGACGAGUUUCUGGGUCUGAGGACAGAGGAGGUGCUGGAGCUCGUGGGCUGUGACGAGCUCAACAUCAAAGCAGAGGAACAGGUGUUUGAGGCGGUGCUGGCCUGGGUUCAUCAUGACCGGGACCUGAGGGAGUCUCUCCUGCCGGAGCUGCUGUCAAAGAUCAGACUUCCUCUCUGUCGACCUCAGUUCCUGUCAGACCGAGUCCAGCAGGACGAACUUGUACGCUGCUGCCAUAAAUGCAGAGAUCUAGUGGAUGAAGCCAAAGAUUUCCACCUGAUGCCGGAGCGUCGUCCUCACCUGCCCGCCUUUAAGACCAGACAGAGGUGCUGCACGUCCAUCACAGGACUUAUCUACGCUGUGGGAGGACUUAACAGCUCAGGUGACUCGUUAAACGUGGUGGAAGUGUUUGAUCCAAUCGGCAACUUCUGGGAACGAUGUCAGCCAAUGAGGACGGCUCGCAGCAGAGUGGGCGUGGCUGUUGUUAAUGGGUUGCUGUACGCCAUCGGUGGAUACGACGGCCAAUCACGACUCAGCACAGUGGAGGUUUACAAUCCCGAGACAGACAGCUGGACACGCGUGUCGAGCAUGAACAGCCAGCGCAGCGCCAUGGGAACGGUUGUGAUUGAUGGACAUAUCUACGUCUGCGGCGGCUACGACGGAAAAUCAUCUCUCAACUCUGUAGAGUGUUACUCUCCAGAGACCGACAGGUGGACGCUGAUGACAGAGAUGAGUGCGAGUCGCAGUGCUGCAGGUGUGACGGUGUUCGACGGACGUAUCUUUGUCUCUGGCGGCCAUGAUGGUUUACAGAUCUUCAACACGAUGGAGUACUACAACCACCACACUAACCGUUGGCACCAGGCGGAGCCGAUGAUGAACAAGCGUUGCCGACAUGGGGCGGCGGCUCUGGGCAGUCACAUGUACGUGGCAGGAGGUUACGAUGGCUCGGGUUUCCUGAGUGGGGCGGAGGUGUUCAGUGCAGCAUCGGGGCAGUGGAGCCUCCUGGUGGCCAUGAACACACGGCGCAGCAGAGUGUCGCUGGUCUCUACGUCUGGACGUCUGUACGCAGUGGGCGGAUAUGACGGACAGUCCAACCUCAGCUCCAUGGAGAUGUACAACCCCGACACCAACCGCUGGACCUUCAUGGCGCCCAUGGUCUGCCAUGAGGGGGGGGUCGGGGUCGGCUGCAUCCCCCUGCAGCCCGCCUAAAUCCUCCAAUCAGAGGCAGAGGAUUGACACGUUACUGACAACUGUAAGCGGUGAGCCGGCGCCCUCCGCUGGCGCUCACUGAGCUUUAUCGGUACGACAGCCGGGCUCAGACCUGCACACUGAUGCUGGGCCUGUGGGAUUAUGGGAAAAAAGUAGAGCUAGCCUCCGGCUGCUAGCGUUGUGCAAUUAGCGAGCGUGUUGACUGAUUAAUGUUGAAUAUUGAUUUUAUACUGAAAGGACCAAAACAGGAAGUCAUUUCCUCUCAGAACAAAGCUGCUGACUUGAAACAGGACGAGUGCUUAUCGAUCAGAGACCCCCUCCCCCGCUCCUCCUGUCUUUAUUUUGAAGGGUACGUCUGAGUGUUUCCUUCUGCUGCGUUUCAUCAGUUCAGUGUGAGCAGUGUUCGUCAGGCCUUCACACAGCGGGGACACUCAUUCACACUGACGCUCAUUCACACUGACGCUCGUUCACACUGAUGCUCACACAUCACAGUUUCACAAGUUAAUGUCCUCCGAGGAGUCUGUAAUCAGGGGUUAAUGUCCUCCGUGGUGUCUGUAGUCAGGGGUUAAUGUCCUCCAAGGUGUCUGUAGUCAGGGGUUAAUGUCCUCCAAGGUGUCUGUAGUCAGGGGUUAAUGUCCUCCGAGGUGUCUGUGAUCAGGAGUUAAUGUUCUCCAAGGUGUCUGUGAUCAGGGGUUAAUGUCCUCUGAGGUGUCUGUGAUCAGGAGUUAAUGUUCUCCAAGGUGUCUGUGAUCAGGGGUUAAUGUCCUCUGAGGUGUCUGUGAUCAUGAGUUAAUGUCCUCCAAGGUGUCUGUGAUCAGGGGUUAAUGUCCUCCGAGGUGUCUGUAGUCAGGGGUUAAUGUCCUCAGAGGUGUCUGUGAUCGUGAGUUAAUGUCCUCCAAGGUGUCUGUGAUCAGGGGUUAAUGUCCUCGGAGGUGUCUGUAGUCAGGGGUUAAUGUCCUCGGAGGUGUCUGUAGUCAGGAGUUAAUGUCCUCCGAGGUGUCUGUGAUCAUGAGUUAAUGUCCUCGGAGGUGUCUGUAGUCAGGAGUUAAUGUCCUCCGAGGUGUCUGUAGUCAGGGGUUAAUGUCCUCCGAGGUGUCUGUGAUCAUGAGUUAAUGUCCUCCAAGGUGUCUGUGAUCAGGGGUUAAUGUUCUCUGAGGUGUCUGUAGUCAGGGGUUAAUGUCCUCGGAGGUGUCUGUGAUCAUGAGUUAAUGUCCUCGGAGGUGUCUGUAGUCAGGGGUUAAUGUUCUCCGAGGUGUCUGUGAUCAUGAGUUAAUGUCCUCCAAGGUGUCUGUGAUCAGGGGUUAAUGUCCUCGGAGGUGUCUGUAGUCAGGGGUUAAUGUCCUCCGAGGUGUCUGUGAUCAUGAGUUAAUGUCCUCCAAGGUGUCUGUGAUCAGGGGUUAAUGUCCUCCGAAGUGUCUGUGAUCAGGGGUUAAUGUCCUCGGAGGUGUCUGUAAUCAGGGGUUAAUGUCCUCGGAGGUGUCUGUAGUCAGGGGUUAAUGUCCUCCGAGGUGUCUGUGAUCAGGAGUUAAUGUCCUCCAAGGUGUCUGUGAUCAGGAGUUAAUGUCCUCAGAGGUGUCUGUGAUCACGAGUUAAUGUUCUCCGAGGUGUCUGUAGUCAGGAGUUAAUGUCCUCAGAGGUGUCUGUAGUCAGGGGUUAAUGUCCUCCGAGGUGUCUGUGAUCAUGAGUUAAUGUCCUCCAAGGUGUCUGUGAUCACGAGUUAAUGUUCUCCGAGGUGUCUGUAGUCAGGAGUUAAUGUCCUCCGAGGUGUCUGUGAUCAUGAGUUAAUGUCCUCCAAGGUGUCUGUGAUCAGGAGUUAAUGUCCUCCGAGGUGUCUGUAGUCAGGAGUUAAUGUCCUCCGAGGUGUCUGUAGUCGGGAGUUAAUGUCCUCCGAGGUGUCGUAGUCAGGGGUUAAUGUCCUCUGAGGUGUCUGUGAUCAGGGGUUAAUGUCCUCCGAGGUGUCUGUAGUCAGGAGUUAAUGUCCUCGGAGGUGUCUGUAGUCAUGGGUUAAUGUCCUCCGAGGUGUCUGUGAUCAUGAGUUAAUGUCCUCCGAGGUGUCUGUAGUCAGGAGUUAAUGUCCGACGUGGAGGCGGAAACUGUCCAACAGAGGAAGGGUGUUUAAAUACAACAGAGCUUAUGCUAAAAUGUUAGCGGACAGCUGCUGACACAUGAUCAUCCCGUUAACACUGUCAGUUAUCAUGUCCUCCGAGGUGUCUGUGAUCACAAGUUAAUGUCCUCCAAGGUGUCUGUGAUCACAAGUUAAUGUCCUCCGAGGUGUCUGUGAUCACGAGUUAAUGUCCUCCGAGGUGUCUGUGAUCACAAGUUAAUGUCCUCCGAGGUGUCUGUGAUCACAAGUUAAUGUCCUCCGAGGUGUCUGUGAUCACAAGUUAAUGUCCUCCGAGGUGUCUGUAGUCAGGAGUUAAUGUCCUCGGAGGUGUCUGUAGUCAGGGGUUAAUGUCCUCGGAGGUGUCUGUAGUCAGGGGUUAAUGUCCUUGGAGGUGUCUGUAGUCAGGGGUUAAUGUCUUCCGAGGUGUCGUAGUCAGGAGUUAAUGUCCUCGGAGGUGUCUGUAGUCAGGGGUUAAUGUCCUCUGAGGUGUCUGUAGUCAGGGGUUAAUGUCCUCUGAGGUGUCGUAGUCAGGAGUUAAUGUCCUCCGAGGUGUUUGUGAUCAGGGGUUAAUGUUCUCCGAGGUGUCGUAGUCAGGGGUUAAUGUCCUCUGAGGUGUCGUAGUCAGGAGUUAAUGUCCUCGGAGGUGUCUGUAGUCAGGGGUUAAUGUCCUCCGAGGUGUCAUAGUCAGGGGCUAAUGUCCUUGGAGGUGUCUGUAGUCAGGGGUUAAUGUCCCCCGAGGUGUCGUAGUCAGGAGUUAAUGUCCUCGGAGGUGUCUGUAGUCAGGGGUUAAUGUCCUCCGAGGUGUCAUAGUCAGGGGUUAAUGUCCUCCGAGGUGUCAUAGUCAGGGGCUAAUGUCCUCGGAGGUGUCGUAGUCAGGAGUUAAUGUCCUCGGAGGUGUUUGUGAUCAGGAGUUAAUGUCCUCGGAGGUGUUUGUGAUCAGGGGUUAAUGUCCUCGGAGGUGUUUGUGAUCAGGGGUUAAUGUCCUCGGAGGUGUCUGUAGUCAGGAGUUAAUGUCCUCGGAGGUGUCGUAGUCAGGAGUUAAUGUCCUCCGAGGUGUUUGUGAUCAGGAGUUAAUGUCCUCGGAGGUGUCGUAGUCAGGAGUUAAUGUCCUCGGAGGUGUCUGUGAUCAAGAGUUAAUGUCCUCGGAGGUGUCGUAGUCAGGGGUUAAUGUCCUCGGAGGUGUCUGUGAUCAGGAGUUAAUGUCCUCCGAGGUGUCUGUGAUCAUGAGUUAAUGUCCUUGGAGGUGUCGUAGUCAGGAGUUAAUGUCCUCGGAGGUGUUUGUGAUCAGGAGUUAAUGUCCUCGGAGGUGUCUGUAGUCAGGGGUUAAUGUCCUCCGAAGUGUCUGUAGUCAGGAGUUAAUGUCCUCGGAGGUGUCUGUGAUCAGGAGUUAAUGUCCUCGGAGGUGUCUGUAGUCAGGGGUUAAUGUCCUCCGAAGUGUCUGUAGUCAGGAGUUAAUGUCCUCAGAGGUGUCUGUAGUCAGGGAUUAAUGUCCUCCGAAGUGUCUGUAGUCAGGAGUUAAUGUCCUCGGAGGUGUCUGUAGUCAGGAGUUAAUGUCCGACGUGGAGGCGGAAACUGUCCAACAGAGGAAGGGUGUUUAAAUACAACAGAGCGUAGGCUAAAAUGUUAGCGGACAGCUGCUGACACAUGAUCAUCCCGUUAACACUGUCAGUUAUCACUUGUGGGGUUCCUCAGGGCUCAGGUCUGGAUCCUCUAUCGUUUCCAUUUACACUAUUAUGUAAGACAUGCUCACAGAGUCCGUUCAGUUCUGAUGAUGGACACCUCAGAGUUGUCCGUCUUAAACCACGCCCACUUUCCAAAGAAAUAAAAGUUAUAUUUAGUUAUAUUUUCAUGCUUUUUGUAAUUAAGCCAUAACUCGGUUUCCCCACUAACACCUGAGGGUCUGACUAAUACCUGGAACAGUCAUUACAUCCUGUGAGGUUCUUAUGCAAUGGAAACAUUGUUCAACGGUCCAGUGAAUAGGACAAACCUCAGAUACAACGUAGUAACGGGAGUUAUCUGUAGAUCGUCAGCUCGUAGAACCAUUUGGCCCAGCUGUUAGCCGCAGAGCUAAAGUCAUGUUAGCAAGAGUCAAAGUUCAUAACAAACAGGAAGUAUCAUUUGGCGGGAUGUUUAACAACAGGACGAGUGAGCUAUCAGACACUUAACUGUCCCCAAAUCAACCAACAAACACUGCGCUGUAACGUUGGCAUCGUCUGCCUGGAGCAGCGAGCUGAAGAGUUUAGAAACAAAACAUUCGCAGGCGAGUAUUUUGCAUUUCAGCGUUGUUUAUUGGCCAUGCCCCCGGCUGUGUAAAGGCCUUUAUUAUGACAAUGGAGGAAGUGAUAAAUGUGGUUGGUGCUCUGAUAGAUGUUAACAUGCUAACAGUGAUGACAGGAGACAAAGGGCGCCAGGUGUGAUGUCAGAUUGUUGACGUGUCGUCUCAGUGAGGUGACUGACGAUCAGAUCAACGAUCACACUGUCACUGGAUUCUUGUUUCUUCAUGGACGUACAUCAGAGAGAAGGAGUUCUGUGGCGCCCCGCCGUGGAGGCUUAUGUCUUUGUCCUGCUGAAUGUCCACGUCUCUGACAGACCAUAAUAAGAUGAGACGCAGCUGAUGGAAACUGUGCUGAUCCGUGUGGCAGUAUUAAAACUCUGUCCUGAUGCUGAUGUCAUCAGACCCUCAUUUCCUGUCAUGUCACAAAGGUUACAAUGUCCUGAACACAGAGUGAAACUAAAGAUCAGCAUGGUAAAGGUUACUUCCUGUCAGUCUGAUGGCGGCGCCUGAGGAAACAUCCUUGAGUGAGAACAAAUGUUAAUUCCAAUCAGGCGUGAUGUUUAUCGGAGGCUGCAGAGAGACACACUCGACACAGAGUUCCCACAGUCAGGGAAAACCUGGAAAGUCAUCGAAUUAGUAAAAAUCCCUGAAUGUUUUGGACUUUAGUUGUAGUGAAAUCUUUUGGUGGAGAAUCGUCCAUGUGAUGUGACAACACAGCAGAUUAAUUUUUUUGUAGCUGAUGAUGUAACGCAGCUCUGACAUGUGUGGCGUGUUUUUAUCCAUCUCCGCCGCUGAAAUCUAAGAGCAGAGGAAUUAUAUUUCAGGUAGUCCGUCCGUCCAUACGUCCCGUCCUUGUGAACAGGAUAUCUCAAGAAUAACUUGAGGUAUUUUUUAAAUUUUUUUUUUUUUUCAGAUUUGACACAAACAUCUACUCAGACUGAAGAAUAAACUGAUGAGAAUUUUGUGGUCAAAGGUCAGCUUGACUGUGACAUCAUCAUGUUUUAACGUCAUAUCUCAGGAACAGAAGGGGAGACAUUUGGUCAGAUACUGAAUUGGUGACUCUAAUCUUGAAACUGUGCUGAUUGUAUAGAUCUUCUGUGUGUGAAGCAUCCAUGUUUUCACUGACAUGGAUGGAGACUGUAAUUUCGGGUUCAGACUGCACAAUUACAGCCUGAUGCAGUGUCGUACGGUGUCGGCUGGAUCAUGAACAAUAAUCCAUGGUUUCAUCUGGUGUAGUGUGUCAUAGCAGACAAGUGACGCCACGUUUGGGGCGCCUCACGACGUCCAAACAGAAAGCCUAGCAUGUUUGAUUUUCUUUUUGUCUUCCACGACUUCUCCCGUCACAGCCGUCACUUUGACCAAUAGGAACACAGAGCGAUCUGUUGCCAUGGAAACUGUAGGACAACAACAGCCCAGCCUUUUAGAUAUUUCCUGUAGGGACGUUAGCACACAGAGGAAAAAGGAAACAGCAGAGGCACUUUAUCAACCCGCUGAGUACUGCCAUUAGCAUCAAGCUAGCAGAGAAUGUUCUUUCUUCAUAAUGGAGGAUAUAAAGGAAUCAAACUCACAGAUAGUGUCUGGGCCUUUACUCAGCACAGCUGCAGAGGCUACCAGCUGCAUCUCAAACAUGGGUCCAUGUCAUUUGUCUGACAGCCCAUUAGUCCGACGGUCCGCGGUGCUGAACGGCUUCUGGCGUAUUUCUACCUUGAUGGUGCACCGCGACCGGCUCUGGGUCAGCUGGGAAAGGCUUGAGGCGGAGCAGGCUCACAGCUUAUGUGUUUGUCACUUUCAUUUUCAUUUUAACCCACACCAUGAUCUUUUCCUGACCCUAACCAAGUGGUUUUUGUGCCUAAACCUAACCAGACCUUAACCACAGGGCAUCAUGAUGAUUUCUAAACAAUGGGUUUAAUAUGGUCGGACAAAUGGGCAGUUCCCCUCAAACACAAGACACCAUUUAUCAUUCUCACACUCAACACUUCCUGUUUCUGUUUCAAAUUAAAAGCUGAGAGAAUCCCUUCAUUUUAUAAAAAGGCUUUUAUUGUGACACUUUUGCAGGAACUUCCUGUGGAGGAUUCAGUGACUGUUAUAGUUUUCAUGCAGUACUUCAAAUGUAGCUCCGCCCAUCUGGUGACAGCUUUUAUGUCACUACAGUCACAGUUCAGCUGGAACAUGAACAGACACAGAGACUGAGUUAGUAAUAAUAAUAAUAAUAGGACGAGAAUAAUCUGAUGACAAACAUGUAGUCCGUCAUGUCUGUUGGCCAAGUGACAGACAGAUUUUAUGACUUCAGUCACCUGAUCUGACACAGAGCCUGUAGGAGCAGACAAACAUGGCGUGCGGUCUGGACCUGGCGUUACUGUGACUCAUUUAUGUGGUGAUUCCAGUUCACCAUCACGUAUGUGUCUUCAUUUCCUCCCCGCGUCUUGUCAGAGUUUGAAUCUGUCACGUGGCCUUGACAUGUGGCUGAACGUGCCAGAUAACUCAGAAAGUUUGUGACAGAUGAGAUGCCUCACGUGAAAGAUUUGUAUUCAUCUGAGCUCAGGAAUGCAAGAAGUCAGUAUUCAGUCACAUCAUCUGCAUAUUUAAAGCCAACGCUUCAGAAAACUUACGAUACGAAAGAUAACUCUGAAUGUGAGUGAUUCAGUGUGGCAUGGUAUCAGGUAGAGUUUCAUUUUUGCUCCAUGAAUAAUCAGUUUUACACUCCACGUUUUUUACUCAUAAUCUCCACCGCAGCAGCUGUGACAUCACUUCCUCCAGACUGUCCAGGUUGACGUCAUGUCUGUAUACUGUUUGUUUUUCAUUCACAGCCCGAUUCAUAAAACAGUUUGUAACUUCAAACAUCAUUUUUUUAACAUAAAUCUGUGGACAGUGUUUUCUGAUUAAAAUAUCCUGAAGUCUCUCAAUAACAAUCUUUGACUCUGAUUUGGCAACAAAACGAAAUCAGAAAUUUGAACCUGAUUUCAUCCAACAAUCAGAUUUCUGUUUAAGAAAUGUCUGAAAAUCUGAAUAUUUAAUGAGAUUCUGCCUGAUUUGCAUAUUUUUAUUUUCUGAAGCUGGUGAUAUGAAGAAUAACUGUCACAUGAUGUCAGCUCACCUGGGACGUCUCACCUUAAUCAAUCCAUAAUCAAUAAAAACUGUUUGAUAUUUGUGGUUAAUAAGUGAAGGUGUUGAUUUGGCCCUCUGCAGCCUCCGUACGGUGACACUGAUGUUUCUGUUGAUUGAUUGUUUUUAUUUCCUGAGGUUUAUGGAUCAAUAAAGAAGCUGCUGUUUCCUCACUGAA